UUGGUCUUAAUAUCAAUUUUCACUUGGUUAAGAUACUUUGUAUGUAUUGGCAUUCAUCUACUAACAACUUUUAACUAUCAGCAGAAAACAAUUUUGGUUUGUCUGAUGUUAGCAUUGAUUGAUCUUUUGCUAUUAAUGCUAUCUUGAGACAGGCUAGCGCUUAUGGCAUUUCACCUGGCAUUAUUAGAUCAUCCUCAAGAUGCUCUUGUAGUUUGGACUUUCUCUUCUAUCUUAUACCAUGGAUUGUGGAGUAAAGGUUUGCAGUUUGCUAGAGAAAAUGUCAUAUAUGCGAAGUUUGUCCCUGAAAUAUCAACAUCAUCAGCAACGAUAUCCGAUGAAUCACUUUUGGAGGAAGUCUCACAUUUGGCUUCAUUGGUCAAAUCUUCAUCAAUUGCUCUAACCACUAAUGAUGCUCUUCAGCAAUCUAUGGCCAGAUACCCGAAUCAGGCAUCAUGUUCAGGUUUGGUACUUGUUUCUGAAAAGAUGGGAAAGAAUGUUGCAAAACUCUUUGAUAAUUUGGAGAAAGACAUAAAAUCUUGUGACAAAGAGAGGCAGAAAUACAACAUUGACUAUGAGCUGCUCAAGAAAGGGAAUCACGUUGAAACCAGGUUUGUUCUUGGGAAAAUCAUUAUGGACACAAUGAGGACUAAGAUCACUUGUGAACCUGGUGACAUAAUUACAGAAACAAAGGGUCCUGUGCUGUCUAAAUUGUUCUUGUAGUCGUAUUUUUUUUUGUUUUAUAAUGUUUUUUGAUAUAAUAUAACUAACUGUUGUAGUAUUCACGUUAUUUAGUAUACUGAAAAUAAUUGAUUAAUUACUUUUAUUCCAAU